AAGUACGAACGCAUUCAAAUACUUGGCAAGGGAUCAUUCGGUAUAGUUUGGAUGGCACGGCGGUCAGAUAGUCCUGAAGGUGAAUUUGACGAAAAAUACGUAGCGGUCAAAAAUAUUCACAUUAAAAAUGAGAAGUCCAACGUUUACGCGGAGCGUGAAAUUUCCAUCUUACAAGAACUUUGUCAUCCCAACGUUAUUCGGCUAAUAAGGUCGUAUCCUUUGCACGGAGGUUCUCGAUUGGUUGUUAUGCAGCUUGCCCGGGGUCCAAACUUGCACCAGCUCGUGAUUAAACGUGGAGCCAUCGGAAUGCCUUUAGCGCGGUUGAUUUGUCGGCAAUUGAUUGCGGCUGUAUCGUAUUUGCAUGGACGUGCGGUGAUUCAUCGUGAUAUAAAACCGAGCAAUUGUAUAGUA